AUGAUUGUAGAAUGGUCUAUCCCAUUCCUGGACCCGCGAGCUGUCAAAGACUUUAAUGUCUCCCGCGCUCUUAUCAUUCUGAACCAACCGUUUAAUACCAGAUUAUUGAAGACACUCUGGGCCGCCUGCGAAUGGCGUUCUUGUGCUGAUGGAGGAGCCAAUCGUUUACAUGACGCCUUGAGCGCAGCUGGUGGUUUUGAUCUUCGAAGUUCAUUUCUCCCUGAUAUGGUGAAGGGAGAUCUCGACUCCUUGCGAGAGGAUGUGAAAUUGUAUUACAUAUCUCAGAAUGUACCAGUAAUCUACGAUUCCGACCAAGAUUCUACGGAUCUAAUGAAAUGUGUGCAAGCGCUGGAAGAGAAAGAGCGUUUAACUGGGCAAGAGUUUGAGAUCGUCAUCCUAGGAGGUCUCUCCGGAAGAUUGGAUCAGACUGUGCAUACGCUAUCGUAUCUUCACAAACUACGCAAGACCCGCAAACGUGUCUACACAGUGACCGACGAUAAUGUAGGAUGGGUCCUGGAUGAAGGCGAACAUCUCAUUCACAUCAAUCAUGACGUGUUGGGACAAACGUGCGGGCUCCUCCCUGUCGGUAUUGACUCAACCAUCUUGACAACAACUGGACUGCGGUGGAACCUGGAUAACACAGAGUCAUCUUUUGACGGACUUGUGUCCACGUCAAAUCAUCUCGUACCAGGACAGGACGUGAUGAUCAAGACCUCGAAACCAAUCUGGUGGUGCGCAGAGUUAAGGGACCACUAG